UGAAAGGAUUCGAUCCGUCUAUUUCAACAUGAUGAUGCACUCUUCUGUGGAUACUGGAUUCUGGAUAAUGUGAUGAUGAUUGUAUUUACAAUACACAAACAACAUUUACAUUUAAAAGCGCGGUUUAUAUUCAGUCCAACAAUUCAAUCAAAUGUCAUCAAACUCGGAAAAAGACGAUAGCCAAAGUGAUGCUAGCGAAUCAUCGAGCAUUAACGACAAUGUUGAAAACGAUGAGAAAGAUAGCGGUCCUGAAACACCACCACCAUUACCGAACAAGAGACGUAAAGUGAUUCCAUUCGAAAAGAUUUACCUGGAUAAUCUGCCACAAAGUGAAGCUUAUGAACGUAGUUAUAUGCAUCGAGAUCCAAUCAAAUUUGUGCUGGUCGCACGAAACACUCAUUUUAUCGUCACAGCAAGCAUUGAUGGCCACAUUAAAUUCUGGAAAAAGAAAGCAAUUGGCGUCGAAUUCGUCAAACACUUUCGUGUUCACCUGGGCACGAUCGUCGACAUGAGCAUCAAUAAUCCACUUGGCUCAUUGUUGGCCACCAUUUCUGAUGAUAAAUCAUUGAAAAUUUUUGAUAUCAUCAAUUUUGACAUGAUCAAUAUGAACAAAUUGGAAUUUAAACCAGGCUGUGUUGAAUGGUGUUAUACAACCAUGUCGGCCAUGGGUGGUGUUCAUGAUCCAUUCCCAGUCAUAGCUGUAUCCGAUUCGGAAUCCAACAAAAUCUAUACAUUCGAAGCGACAAGUUCGACCAAUCAACCACUACAGGUGUUGGAUCGUAUUCACAUGAGCCCAGUAGUUCGAAUGCGUUUCAAUGCAGCUCACUCAACGAUGGUGUCGGUCGAUCAGAAUGGAAUGCUCGAUUAUUGGGGCACUCAUCGCAGUGAUUAUCGAUUUCCAUCACAAAUUGUUCGGUUUGAAAGUAAAAUGGACACUGAUUUGUAUCAGCUGGCCAAAUGCAAUCAAACACCUCAUGAUAUAGCAUUCUCAUUGGAUGGACAACACAUGGCAAUGAUAUGUUCGGAUCGAAAGAUUCGUGUUUUCCGUUUCUUGACCGGCAAAAUGUUACGUGUUGAUGAAAGCCUUCAAUCGAUCACAUUGCUACAGCAAUCACAACAACAAUUGCCCAAUAUGGAAUUUGGUCGUCGUAUGGCCAUCGAACGUGAUCUCGAGAAAAGUGAAUCAUUUCAAACGGAAAGGAUUAUUUUCGAUGAUUCUGGCUAUUAUCUAAUCUAUCCCACAAUGCUCGGCAUCAAAAUACUGAAUUGGUAUACGAAUAAAUUGGUCAAAAUGAUUGGCAAGGGAGAAAAUUUUCGGCCAUUAUCAGUUGCUCUUCAUCAACAGAUUGCCGAUCUGAAAACAAGCAAAGGUGUAUUGACUCCUGAGAUGAUUACAGCCAAUAAUCCGACACUUGAACAAGCAGCUCAUUCCGAUCCGACAUUAUUUUGCACCGGAUUUCGUAAGAAUCGAUUCUACAUGUUCACCAAACGAGAACCUGAUGAUUCGGCCAUGAAUUCUUCGGCAACGGCAGAAGAUGGCGUUCUCACCGGAUUAGAACGAGAUGUAUUCAAUGAGAAACCAUCACGGGAAGAUAUGAUUGCGGCAACCACUUCGGAAUCGAGUGGUGGACAAAAAUUGUCCGAAAAUGUUGUCAUUCACACCACAAUGGGUGAUAUACAGGUGAAAUUGUUCGCCAAAGAUUGUCCGAAAACGGUGGAGAAUUUCGUCACCCAUAGUCGUAAUGGUUACUAUAACAAUCACAUAUUCCAUCGUGUUAUACGACAAUUCAUGAUACAAACGGGCGAUCCCACUGGAACCGGUACUGGUGGUGCUUCCAUUUGGGGCGCUGAAUUCCAAGACGAGAUAGUGCCACACUUGAAACAUGAUAAACCGUUCACAUUAUCCAUGGCCAAUGCUGGUCCCAACACGAAUGGAUCCCAAUUUUUCAUAACGGUCAUUGCAACACCUUGGCUGGAUGGCAAACAUACAGUAUUUGGUCGUGUCACCAAAGGCAUGGAGGUAGUACAGGCCAUCAGUCAGAUUCGAACACAUCCCAAAACGGACAAACCAUAUGAUGAUGUUAAAAUUUUGAAUAUUCAAGUCAAAUGAACAAUCUGAUUAGUUGUUGUGUUAGUUUUUUAUUAUUUAUAUAUACUGUUCAAUUGAACAAAAUUAAAUCAUCAUCAUUUCAUUAUGUA